UACUCGGCCCAUGAGCCUAUUAUCCCCGCCCUCCUCUUCCCCUCCUUCUCCAUCUACAUCGACCUCCUUCCUCCUCUAACCUCCGUCACCUUUCAACGGCACCAGCCCAAAAAUGCUCCGCAACCGGCGCCGUCCCCGUUACAGUCCGCAAAUAUGCGCUGUUAUCGCCGCUCUCCUCCUCCUCUUCUCAGUCUCUCUCCUCUACACUCGCCUCUCUUCCUCUCCCCAACAAAACACAGUUCCUUCCUCAUUCAAGACCCAAGCUGACGAAUUCUCAAUAGCAAUUGACAAGAUCGAUGAACAAGACACCAUUAAAGAAGAAGAAGGAUAUCACCAGAACAACAGCAAUGAAGACCAAAACGACACCGAAGAAGAAGACACGAAAAGGCCCACGAUUUCAUCUUCUGGGUAUUACAUGGAUCAUGUAACCGGUUCAAUUAGAAGGUAUUUGAAUAAGAAAUCGAUAGAAGAUUAUGAUUUUUCUGAUUAUAAUUCCAAUGGUUUUAGUCUAGGAUUGAAUGUAGAGGAUUAUAAAAGUAAGACCGCUUUUGGCAGUGAUGAUAUAGUUGUCGAUGAGGAAAUUAAGAGGAAAUUGAGCGAAGUUAAGAGUAUUGAAGAUGCAUUGCUGUUGAAAAUAGGUAAAAAGGUGUCACCUUUAAGAGAAGGGUGGGGUGAUUGGUUUGAUAAAAAGAGUGAUUUCUUGAGAAGGGAUAAAAUGUUUAAGUCGAAUUUGGAAGUUUUGAAUCCGUUGACUAAUCCUUUGUUGCAAGACCCUGAUGGGGUUGGUGUUACUGGGUUAACUAGGGGUGAUAAGGUUAUGCAGAAGAUGAUUUUGAGUGAGUUUAAGAGGAACCCUUUUGGUGGGAAGAGGAGUUUGAGUGGUUUGGAGAUGAUCCACAAUGCGGAAGUUGGAGAGAAGAGAGGUGAGGUUAAGAGAGUAUUGAAUGAGGAUAAUGGAAAAGUUUUGAAGGAUGGUGAUGGUAAUAUUGGUAAGGAUGUGAGUUUUAAAGGAAAUGGGAUUGUAUUGCAUGAGGAUCAUGAAAGAAAUUUCAUGAAAGAUAAGAAAUUGAGUGAUGGGUUAAAUGGGGAUGAUGGGAGAAAUUUGAUGAAAGGUAAGAGCUUGAGUGAUGUAUCGAACGUGGAGGGAGUUAAAGAUUAUAAGGGAGAUAAGAAUUUGAGUGCAAAUGAAAAUGUAGUGGAUAAGAGUAGUGGUGUUGGUGGUGAAACAAAGCAGAUGAUUGGAAUGAAGACUAAGAGGUCCAAGGAUCAGCAGAGGAAGCCUGAGGAGUCGAGUCAUAUACUUGCGGAUGGGAAAAGAUGGGGUUACUUUCCUGGUUUGCAUCCUCAUUUGUCAUUUUCAGAUUUCAUGGCUUCAUUUUUUAGGAAUGGAAAGUGUGGUAUGAGGGUAUUCAUGGUGUGGAAUUCGCCACCAUGGAUGCACAGUGUUAGACACCAAAGGGGACUUGAGAGUCUGCUCUCCCACCAUAGAGAUGCAUGCGUUGUCAUUUUCUCUGAGACAAUUGAUCUGGAUUUUUUCAAGGACAGCUUUGUGAAAGAUGGUUACAAGGUUGCUGUUGCCAUGCCAAAUCUCGACGAAUUGCUGAAGGAUACACCCACCCAUAUUUUCACUUCAGUUUGGUUUCAGUGGCGAAAGACAAAGUUUUAUCCAACUCAUUAUAGUGAACUGGUCCGCCUUGCUGCUCUCUACAAAUAUGGCGGUAUCUAUCUUGAUUCUGAUGUCAUAGUUUUGAAUUCAUUGUCUUCACUUAAUAAUACUGUUGGCCUGGAGAAUCCACGAGCUGGAAGUUCUUUGAAUGGGGCUGUGAUGGCAUUUAGAAAGCACAGUCCAUUUAUAACCAAGUGUUUGAAUGAGUUCUAUAUGACGUAUGAUGAUAACCGUUUAAGAUGGAAUGGAGCUGAUCUUUUGACUAGAGUCACAAGAAAUUUUUUGAGUAAGGAGAAUAAGUCCAUUGAUCAAAAGGAGUUGAAAGUGCAACCCUCACACAUUUUCUUCCCCAUUAGUUCACAGAAUAUUACAAGCUACUUCACCACACCGGCAAAUGAGAAUGAAAAAGCUCACCAAGAUGCUCUCUUUGAAAAGAUUCUCAGUGAGUCAUUGACAUUUCAUUUUUGGAAUAGCUUGACAUCUACUCUCACUCCAGAGCCAGGAAGUCUCGUCUCUCGGCUUAUUGAUCACUCCUGUAUCCGUUGCUAUGAUGUAUUGUGAAUUGUACAUGUCAAUUUUCCCCAAACUUUGUUGAUUAGGAUGAACUACAAAAGCAUUUUGAUUUAUCAUAGCAUAUCAAAUUGUUGUCACCGCAGAGAAAGAUAUCCAGCAUUUAGCCAUCAUAGAGAUUUGAGGUUCAAGAAAUGAUCCUAUUCAUGUUAGCAGUAUAGACACAGUUUUGUAAAUGAUAGUUUGAAGUAUGUCAUUGAAAUUCAUUUUUUAUCUUCUGUAUUAUUUACACAAUUUGUCACAAUUUUGCUGUCAUAAUAAAACUACUAGUUAGCUUGCUUCUU